AUGUGGGUCCUGAGAAUCAGCUUCGGGGCUGAGGAAGUUACCCACUUCUAUGAAGAGGUGAUAGAUACCAGCCAGCCUCCUGAGAUGUGUGAGGAAGACACCAUGAGGAGCUUGCAGAUCAUGGAUGGGGAACUGGGUCAGCCAAUGCCAGAGUCCCUUGGGGAAUUGAUAGCAGAGCUGGAGGCUCUGUGAUCCACUUGGGACACAUACUACUCCAAUGCUGAGUUUGUCAACCUUGUGAUCAAUAGUACAGACCAGAAUCGGCUGCUGACCACCCGGGAGGAGCUGUAUAAGAUGCUGGCCCAUGAGGUGCUUCAAGAUGCCUCAGUCCUGAUCAUUGCCAACAAGCAGGAUGUGAAAGACUCCAUGGCCACAGCAGAGAUGUCCCAAUUCCUCAUACUCACUGCCAUCAAAGACCACCCGUGAUAUAUCCAGGGCUGCUGUCCUCUCACCAGAGAAGGGCUGCCAGCUGGGCUUCAGGGGAUGCAAUCUCAGGCCACCAAAGACUGAUGUUCCAGCCCGAGGCCAACCAGAAACCACGUGGUUAGCACAGGUGAGAAACCCCAGCCAUUUGCUGGUGGAAACUGGGUGGCUAUGGACAAAGAGACUGCCACUGUUGUCACUGAGGGGCUGGAUCAAAGACUUCAAGCUGGUACAG